AUGGAGUCUCGUAGCUCUAUCAACAUUCAUGAGAGUAAAUCAACUUCUGAAAGUGAAGAUGAGAUUGAGUUCGUUGGAGAAGGACCUUUAAGACCUGUACUUGAAUGCAUUGAUCUUGUCAGUAGUGAGGAUGAAGAACCUAACAGCAGUUCUUAUGUUCACAGAAAUACAAAGCGUAAAGAUCACAUUGACUAUCAGAAAGAAAGAGUUGCGUCAACCUUGGAUCGUCUGGCACGCCAUGUUGAAGUAGAAAAACAGCAAAAAGAAGAGAAAAACAAAGCCUUUAAGGAGAAAGUUGAUUCCCAAUAUGCUCACGGGUUGCAAGAACUAGAAUUUAUUCGGGAACACAGUGACACAGAAGCUGCAAGAUUAUGUGUGGACCAGUGGUUAAAAAUGCCAGGUCUCAAACCAGGCACCAUUAACAGUGGAAAAAGGGGUAUUUAUAAGAGGGCAGGUCAGACGCAAGUCAACAGCAGUCCCAUAUCUUGUCCUGUGAUGCAUUGCAACAGAGAGUUUGAUAAUGGACAUCUUCUCCUAGGUCACCUUCAAAGGUUUGAUCAUUCUCCUUGUGACCCAACAGUCACAUUACAUGGACCCCCAAAUAAUGCUGUUGCCUGUGUGAUAUGCUGCAAAAGAUUUUCAACCUCUCAGCAGUACAGUGAACAUCUUUUAUCUAAGCUAAAUGAAAAUGACGGACAUAAAAAAGAUCUCCCUCCACAGCAUAUUCAGUGUUUUGCAUGCCCAAACUGCUUCCUCCUUUUCACCAACAGAGAUGAAUGCUUGCAGCAUAUGUCAGGGAAGAACCACUUCCUCCAGGUUUCUAAAUUGAGUGAUGAAAUGAAGGCUGGCCUUCCUCUACCUUUCCCAUCCUAUGCAAAGAACCUUCUGAUAUCUCUGUGCAAAGAGGUCCCCUUCCAAGUGAAGUGUAUAUCCUGCUGCCAGAUACUACGCUCACAUAUGGAAUUAACGGCUCAUUUCAGAACACGUUGUCGUAAUUCUGGGCCCGUGGCACUGUCAAAGAAGAGCAUCUCCCAAGUUGCAGAGAUAUUUAAAACAAAAGGUCACUGCGAGAACUGUGACAAACUGUUUGCUGAUAAGAAUCAGAUCACCCAGCAUAAGCAAACCACUCAACAUAACAUUAAAGUUCUUACUACAAUGGAAGAGUCCAUCUUGAUGUUCUGUCAUAUCAAUGGAAAAAAUAAAAAUCAGUCUCAUUUAUGCCAUAUUGUGGAUCGGUCAAGACCACUGCUUAAAAGACAUUUGACUUCGAAUGAGUCUACUGGUGAAAGGGGGUCUACUCCUUCUUGUGAUUUAAAAGAUAAAAAUGAAGAUCAUGUAGCAAACCAAAGUCAAGGUAGUGCUUGCAAAGUAAAAGCCUGGUUUUGUGAAUGCCUUCAAAAGUUUUUUACAGAAGAGUCAGUAGAAAAGCAUAUUUUAUCAGCAAAUAGGAUCUGUCACAAGUGUGCUGUGUGUGGAAAGCUUGCUGAAAAUUCAAGCAUUAUCCGCCUGCAUAUGAGUCGAUUCCAUGGGGGAGCACACUUGACUAAUUUUCUUCUCUGGUGCAGAGCAUGCUCUGUAGAUCUCAGAGAAGAGGAUAUCAUGGGACACGUGACUGAAUUUCAUGGUGGACAUAGCUACUAUUAUGAGCAAGAAGCUCUAGAAGAUGAACCUAUGCCAUCUGCUUCUGACGCAGCGUGCAUUUCUGCAGGUGAAAGGAAAGAUUGCAUUCCUAGUCCUAUGGAGCUCUCCCCUGGAAAAAGUCCUAUUCUGGGAAAAUGGCAAUGCCGCAUUUGUGAGGAGAUGUUUGAAUCUGAAGAGAGCGUUAAACAACAUUGCAUGUCCUUAGAAAGCCAUGCAUUUCACAGAUACUGCUGUGGCUUAUGCAGAAAUCACUUUCGGAAAGUAGGAACUCUACAGCGACACUUCCAAGAGCAUCAUAACCAGGAGGUACAGACUAAAUACUUCUGUGGCCUUUGUGGUAAUCUCUUCUUCGACACACAAGAGGAAUUUCUAAUCCAUUAUAAGGAGAUUCAUAGCAUGGACUAUGCAUUUGUGCCUGAGCAGAUGGAAGUAUCAAUAAAAAAAGAGGAGGACUUCCUCCCGGUAGAAAAAGGAGACCGUUUAACCUGUGGUUGCCGGACAACUUAUGUCUCCAGAAUAAACAGGAGGAACGAUUAUGUGAAUUGUCAGAAAGCCAUGCUGCAAAAAGGAAACUUAUGGUUUCGAUGCUGCUUCUGUUCUGCAACUGCACAAAAUUUUGCUGAUUUGAACAGUCAUCUCAACAGUCACACGUCACUGAAACAUAAGGACGAGAUGUAUGUUGUUAGAUGUGCUGCGUGCAACAAAAACUUUGAUGAUCUUCAGAGCGCACAUCAGCACUAUCACAUGAAACACUGCUUCCUGCAGAAACCUGAUCUAUCAAGUCUUGCAUCAGAAUCAGAAAAUACAGUAUUCAAGUUCACAGCAAGUGGGGCUUGUGUGGACAGAAAACCUGACAAGCUAAAAUUUCAAGCAUCUCCAUCCAAGACUCAGGAAAGACCACAGUCAUCUCCUCUGCAUGGACCAAUACAGGGAAAGAAAGAAAAAAAGGAGAACUUGGCACACUCUGAAGAACCUGGUGAAGAUGGUGAACUUCCUGAUCUUGACUACCUGAGUACCAUGACUCACAUUGUGUUGGUGGAUCUGGACAACUGGGGAAGCUUAUUCUCGCAGCUGCCAGCUAACCUGAACCAAGGGACAUUUAUCUGGGGCUUUCAAGGAGGAUACAGCAACUGGAAACCUCCAGUGCAGUGCAAAAUUUACAAUUAUCUUAAGAGGAUUGGAUGCUUCUUUCUUCAUCCACGUUGUGGUACCAGAAGAGAAGCAGCAGACUUUGCGCUCUGUGUUCAUGCUGGUCGUCUGGAUGAGCACCUGCCCAAGCAAAUUCCUUUCACUGUACUUUCUGGAGACAAAAGCUUCCUGGAACUGGAAACUCAAUUUAAGAUGACCCAGCGGUCAGCUCGCAUCCUAAAUCCUCACCACAUUGAAGGAGACAUGAUGUGUGCUUUGCUAAACAGCAUUUCAGAUACCACAAAAGGUUCAGAUAGUGAAGAGGAUGAAGAUAUCAAACUAACAGUGAAGAGGAGCUUAGAAGAAACAAAGAAAGAGGAAGAACAAGAUGCAGAAUUGGAAGAAGCUAUCAAGAGAAGCCUUGAGGAAAUGUAAAUUAAGAUACUUCAGUACACUAACACCAUGUCAUCAGAGCUGCUCACAAAAACGGAAGCUUGUUCAUCUAUUUACAAAGGUUCAGAAAUACCACUUCAAAAACACGUCUGUAUCUUGAAUUACUAGAUUUAUAAUAUGAUGUCCUCUGUCAUGCUGAUUAACAGCUGGAGUUUAUGGAUAUCCGCUGCAAUAUAUUGUGUAUGAUAAAAAAAAAAUUUUAAGCCUUUCCAUAUUCUGUUUCUAAUGGGUGACUAAGUUUCUCCAGUCUAGCUGUGUAAGUUGUUGCCUAAUUAGUAGGCUGGUCUUACUAGGUAUUUUGGGGUUUUUAGUUGUUGUUCGUUUUUUUUUUUAAUUGGUUCUUGUAUUUAAUUUUUCUGUCACACAGUGUCAUUGUCUUUAUUUACUUUUUCAUGUGGUCUUUGCAACAGAUAAAAAUAGUAAACUCCAGUUAUCUCAGAUUUGCCUAGCUAAUCUUGUUGUAAAGAGAAGCUUAGAUCCCAGGUUUAUAAAUUGAACACAUGGCCUAACUCUUGCCUGUGGCCAGUCUCACCUCAUAGACCAUAAUUUUGUCUACGUCCUGUUUGUUAUAAAUGUCAGAAUCAGGACCACAGGCUGUACAGUUAGUUUGUUAGCUUUAUUUUUAUAAAUGUGUAUGUUUUUUUCAAUAGUAGCAUGGUAGUGUUGGAUUUGAUAGCUUGAAGUUCGACGGGUUCGGUUCCUCUCCCUGAUCGGAGGCUGGAACAACUUUUUAAGGGAACAGAAGCUAAAUAAACUUCCUAGUUCCUGUUUGGAAUAGAUGUGAGAGAAUUUAAGCUGUAUUAUUCCUAUAUACUAUUGUCUUUGCUCCCUUCUGUUGAUGAAGAGGUGGCCUUGGAUAAAUGAAUGUAAAUGUGUUGAUUAUUUUUGUACUGUCCUUAUUUUAAGGUGAACAAUUAUUUGUGUUUAAAAUUAUCUAUGCCACUUUCUCAGUUUCUUCAUGUAAAAAUACCUAUGCAAGCUGUCCAGCUUUACCAGUCUAUUAUACUUCAGUUAAUGAUUGCUGUCAAUCAGUAAGAAAUCUCAAUGUAAUAAAAUGCCAGCUUGAUUUUUCUUAUUAUUCAUUAGCCUGUGAGUUUGCUUCUAACUGCUGUAAAUCUAAAUAUUUAUUAUGCAAACAAAUACUUUUUGUGGAGAGUAAGACAAGGGGAAGGCUAGAUUUUUCUCGCUCUCAAUUCCAAAGAGUCAGAAUAACUACCGGUGUGUCAUCAUGGUUAGAAAAGCUGGAAAACUGGCACUGGUUUACUUCCGAUCAUGAUUUCGAUAUAAUUGCUAUCUGCAAAACAAAUAGAAUUAGUGAAGAAUCUAGUGAGUUAUCUCAGUGCUCAUUAGCAAUCAUUGAACUUGAAGAAACUGUUUAAAUGCCAGAAAAUAGUUUGAACACUUCCAGUGCAUUUGGCUCUGACACUCAAGUGUUACAGGGUGAACAGGACCUCUUAAUGUUUUUUCCCUUGUGCCUGCUGCUUGCUUUCCCACUGCAAAUCUCAGAUUAAUCACGCUGCUGUACAAAUCUGGGUGUGUAGUUCAUACUGCUGCUGAGGAAGCCUUGAUCUGGAAGAUUUUGUGUUGCCUUUAGCUACUGACUCAAGGUAAACCAGUUCCAGAAUUUUUCACACCAAGUUCUUCUAAUAAAGGGUGGAGUGAGACAGAAAACAAGUUUCAUCCUCAAAAACAUCUUGGCCAAAGUUAUAGAGGCUUUUGGACAGGUGUUUUUUUUUUUCAGUGCAGACCCUAAAGUGCAAAUUCCUUUCACAUGAAAAGAUGUUUCAGCUUGAGAAAGUUCUUGCUUGGCUCAACAAAUGUUUAAAACCUGGGUAGAUGGUCUUCUCCAGAGUCUGCUAUGUUAGAUUUUGAUCAUGUGCUUUAUUCCUCAUAACACUUUAUUCUGUCAUAAAUGUAAAGUUUGCUUGUACCUGAUGGGUGAUGACUUAAUCGGU